AUGUCGUUGGAGCUCCUUGAUCAAGUGGACCCAAAAAUACCAGAGUUUUUGCCUCAUGACAUGGUGUAUUCUAUACAGGUGGGAUACAAGCUUUUUCAGGUCUCUGGCGCUUCUCUACUGUCCGACGCCCCAUCUUACUUUACAAGGUUCUUCGAUCAGCCUGGAAAUGCAGGAAAAACACUUUUCAUAGAUCGAAGCCCACUCGUCUUCAAAAAAGUGUACAUGCAUUUGCAAGGCUAUCAUAUAAGCGUGGAUACUGAUUACGAGUUCGUACAUCUCUGGCAAGACGCUUAUUACUUUUGCUUGACUCGUCUCCAAAAGCUUUUGAGGGAUGAGCCAUUGAUAGCAAGAGUGGGAGAUACGCUUUUCAAAAUCCCAAGGGUAUUUUUAUAUGGCCCUGGGAAUCAUCCCAACUUUUUUCUGAUUGGGAUGGAGGGGCUUUCUACAAAGUCAACCAUACUAAACUCGGAUGUUUCAUUGAUACGGCCCCCUCCACAACGCCCAACAUUGACUAUUAAUCGCUCCCCCAUUCUUUUUGCCGAUUUGCUAGAAAUCUUUCGGGGAAAUUACGAGAUAUUGCGUAACGACGAGCACCGUACCAAUUUGAUCAAAGAAUGCAGAUACUACCGUUUCCUACAACUUGAGCAAGCAAUCAUAAAACACAAAAUUAUUCGAAAUCCGUUCACACAGAAAGAGGAUAUAAUACUUAAUCUCGUUAAUCUCAAUAAAGCAGGCAUUAUUAACCUGUCUACUAGCUUGGAAGAUGAGCAACCAAUUUCCUACAUUCGUCCUUACUUGCGAAAAGAGCCCAGGAGACAUCUAAUUAUACAAAUCGAUUCAGAUGUUGACUUCGAUGCGAAGCUCAUUAUACCAAAAACAGGGGACUUGUCAUUUCUUGUUUUAACAAAUAGAUUUGCGACAAAAAUGUCACAAGUUUUUGAGCUGCUUGCCAAAACUUUCUCGAAUGAUGGUGGAAAAACCAAAUUGGUGCUCCCUUGUAAUCUUUUAGAUGCUGCUGUUACCGUGAAUGGAAUUGAGCUCAAGAAAUCAUGGUUUCGUGAGUUUUUUGGGCCCUUAGAAGAAGUUCCUGAAGAUGAACCACCACACAAACGGAAAAGAUGUGACACGGGUAUGAAGGGUGAAGUUGUGGACUUCAAACUAAAACAGUCACUUUGGAGGAUUACCAGUAGAACAGACAAAUUGCUUCUACAGGCAGUGUCGAUAAAUGCGGUAAGUGAUCAGUUUAAUUUCAAUAAAUCUGUUGAGUUCCUAUGA